UUGUCGGGUGGUCGAGAGAAAGGACACCGAGGAGCCAACCAUGGGAGUAGAAAUAGAAACCAUAACUCCUGGCGAUGGACGGACAUUCCCAAAGAAGGGGCAGCGCGUCGUGGUGCACUAUGUCGGAACACUGGCAGAUGGGAAAGUGUUUGACUCUUCGAGGUCUCGAGGGAAGCCCUUCAAAUUUAAGAUUGGUCAUCAGGAGGUGAUCCGUGGCUGGGAAGAAGGAGUAGCCCAGAUGAGUGUAGGUCAGCGGGCCAAGCUGAUAUGCUCACCAGACUUUGCCUAUGGCAGCAAAGGGCACCCAGGGAUCAUCCCACCAAACGCCACUCUAACCUUCGAUGUGGAGCUGCUUUGUCUGGAAGCCUGAAACUUGUGCACUCACUUUGUUUAAUUCCACUCAAAUUUUCAGGGUUGACUCCUAUCUCGGGAACAUGGAGGAAAAAUGUUAACAGAUGAUUCCUGCUCUUGAUUCCUGCAUAGGACCUAUGUCUAUAGCCUCACUAGUUCACUCCUUUCCAUUUACAUUCAAAUUGUGUUACGUCACUUGCUUUAAAACA